AUGGCCUCUCUAGGGAGCUACCUCAACAAAAAGGUCCUCAUCGUGACGGCCGACUCGCGGAUCCUGGUAGGCACGCUGACGGCCUGCGACCACUCUACAAAUAUAGUACUCAGUAAUGCUGUCGAGCGAAUCAUCCGGACGCCAGACGACCCUGAACCUUCGGCGAUCGACCCUCUCGGCGUCUACAUCGUGCGCGGCGACAACGUGUGCUCAAUAGGGCUGGUCGACGAGCAGCUGGACGAUAGCAUCAACUGGACAGAGGUCAAGGGCUCGGUUAUAGGCGGUAUCAAGCAUGUCUAG